AUGCUGUUCUGUGUUACAUCCAUUCUGGAAAGAGCAGGCCUGCAUGCAGUAGACACUUUGCUUAAAAAAGGCUUCAGACAGCAGCCAAAUCAGGACGGGGCAAUGGUAGAAAUAAUGGAUAGUGCCCGGUGGAAGAUGGACCUAGUCGUCCACUUGGACAGGCCUGAGGACUGGCUGCAGUUUUACACGAGGCCGUUUUCCGUGCUAAUUGUCGUGCAUCCUCUGCUGAAAGAGGGCGAUCAAAUUGAUUUUUUACAGCACAACCAGUACAUUAGCGGGAUGCUGGAGGUGAAAAAGGGCUUCCUAAACAGAACCAACCUAAUUGAAGUCCGGGAAGACAGGGUUGAAGAAGUGUGCAACCACAGAAGCAGGCCGACGUGGCAGGAGUACUUUAUGAGCAUAGCCCAGGUCGCAGCAACGCGCUCCAACUGCAUGAAGAGAAAGGUGGGAGCUGUUAUUGUAAAGAACAACCGCGUUCUAUCUAUAGGGUACAACGGCACGUCCACGUCGACUGUAAACUGCUGCGACGGGGGAUGCAGCAGGUGCAACAACAACACGCACAAAGGAAGAGAGCUCGCAGACUGUUUCUGCAUCCACGCGGAGGAGAGUGCCUUCCUGGAAAGAAACUCUGCGGAUAUUCGGGGAUCUGAGCUGUACACAACCACGUACCCGUGCCGGCUCUGCUCCAGAAAAAUAGCACAGCUGCAGAUAUCCAAAGUCUACUACGUGCACGAGUACACGUGCGACCCGGAGAUAAAGCAUCUUUUUGAAACGAACCGGAUCGAAGUCAUAAAAUUAUCCGAGUAG